GUUACGACCUCUGCACGUACUCAUUUAUAACGUCGUACUUCUCCGUGCACGUUUCUCUCAACAGUGUUUCCUACUCUAAUCUUUUCUACUAAUUAAUAAUAAUCAAAUUGUUUUUCUCGAUAAAUAUAAAUUAACAAUCUGAAAAUGUCUUUAGACGAGAGAUUUCUCAAGGCCAGCGAAGAAGUAAAAGAACUUUCUUUUAAGCCUUCAACUACAUGUUUACUUGAACUGUAUUCAUUGUAUAAACAAGCAACAAUCGGUGACUGUAAUACUGGAAAACCAAACAUUCUCGAAUUUGAAAAAAAAGCUAAAUGGGAAGCAUGGAACAAACAGAAAGGUUUAAGUCAGGAUGAGGCAAAAGAAAAAUACAUUAUUAAAGCGAAUGAUUUGAUAAAACAAAGUGAAAAGAAUGAAUAAUAAAUAAGUCUGGCCGGAUUGUGACCUCUGAACGAGGACGUAUGCUCAUGCUAGCGCGAGCGAUUGCCUAAUUUUUUAGUUCUGGUGAAUUUAUGGUUUCGGGAAUAAAAAAAUCUAUCGCGUUUAAACGAUAUAUAUAUAUAUUUGCAAUAUAUAUAUAUAUAUAUAUAUAUAUAUUGUUAAUGUUUCUAAAUGUUUAUAUAUAUAUAUAUAUACAUGUAUGUAUAUAUUUUUUUUUCACUACUGAUAAAAAAAAUCUUACACAAGUUUUACGUAAAAAUAAUUAAUAUAAAACUCUUGCACAAUUUUUUAUGUAUCCUAUUUAAAACAUAACACGUAUACUACUGUGUAUGAUUUUUUUGCAUAUUUUAUAUAUCAUAUUGCAA